CGAAACAUUCGCAUUUACAAAAGAUCAAAUGCUGCCCACGCAAGAUGGAGAUUUUCGAGAUUUUCAAUUUCUUUUCUCCUUUCUUGGCCGUCUAUUACAGAUCUCGGCAUCAGUGAUCUUGAAUGCGACUUACACCGAAUGUAUACGUUCACAGUACCCCGAUACAUUCAUUAUCCACACCUUACACUACAAGACUAUGACGACAAAGUAUCCUACGAUAAGAGACUUUCCUUUUCAUACUCAGGGACAAUCGUUUGAGCAAUAAAUGCUAACCAACGGAGAGGGUCGUGCCGAAAAACUGCGUCUACUUUACUUUACCAUCAUAGCGUGUCCCACUCAGUUCUCAGUAAGCAACUUCUCCAUGGAUCCGCAACGGACAAAAUUUGGGGACCUCAUGAGUGGAUCGUCCGGAGAGAAGUAUCAUAAAGUGCAGCUACGGAUACAAAUACCAGGGAACGAGCUGCUUAUUUUGUUUGUGGCCUCUAGUAUUUUGUCAAGUCUCCUGUUCCUGCGACGUGACUUUCUCGUGGCUUAUAGGUCGGUGUGAGUUGCUACAUGGUUGAGUACCGGUGUGGGUUCAAUGUCGAAUCUUGGCAAAGGAUGCAAUUGCCGAUCGCCCAGCCUUUGCUGGAUCUCAAUCAAGCCUUCACAACUCGUCACUUCGCUCAACAUUGAAUACUCUGUAGGUACUUGGCUGUAGCAUAAAUCUGACAGACCCCACUAUUCCAAUUGCGGAACCAUCGCCGCACUCAAAUGUUGAGCUUGUGAAUAUCGAAGCGGAGGGUCUCCGUCCUCGCGCGUUAGCUUACGUGCAUUGCAUCAAAUAUCUUCAAGGGUC